AUGCACAAUGAGGAUGAAUUGAAUGUGACAAAAAUAAAAUCGCAUUUGGUUAUUGAUAUGCAAAACCAUCAUGAUAUCAUAAAGGAGAAAUUAAGUGAUAAGCCUAGAAAAGUGUUGAUUUUAAAUACAGGUGGAACUAUAUCAAUGUUUCCAUCUCAAACAGGAUAUGUUACAAAAACGGGUGCAUUGAAAACCUUUCUAUAAAACAAUCCCUUCUCUUGUGACAUGGAUUACACUUAUUUUAAGGCUAAUAAUGAUUUUCUAAUUACUCCCUUAACUGCCUUUAACCGAAGGAUUUGGUUUAAAGUGGAUGAAUUAGAUAAAUUACUUGAUUCUUCCAAUAUGACAUCAGAUGAUUGGGUUACCAUAGCAGAAAGAAUUGAAAAAGCCUAUUCAGAAUAUGAUAGCUUUAUUAUCUUACAUGGAACAGACACUAUGGCAUAUACAGCAAGUGCUUUAUCAUUUAUGUUUUAAAACCUAUCAAAAACUGUUAUUUUAACAGGUAGUCAAGUACCAUUAUCAUAACCUAGAAAUGAUGGUUUUACUAAUUUUUUGAAUGCUCUUACAAUAGCAGGUCAUUUUACAAUACCAGAAGUAUUGAUAUGUUUUUAAGAUAAAUUAUUAAGAGGGAACAGAGCUUAGAAAGUUAAUUCUUCAUCAUUAGAUUCUUUUGAUUCUCCUAAGUUCAUCCCCUUAGGUUAUUUUGGAGUCAAUAUUAGUAUUAAAUGGGAUAUCAUUUUGAAGAAUCCAAAUGAAGAUACCCUAUUAUUGAAUAAGAAAUUCUGUACUAAUAUAAGUUUAAUACGUUUGAAUCCAUUGUUGAAUCAUAUGACACUUAAUGAAAUAUUUAAAAAUGAAAAACUAAAAGGUGUUGUAAUAGAAACAUAUGGAGCAGGGAAUAUGUAAACUGAAGAUAAAUUUUGUGCUGAAAUAGCAUAAGCAGCCAAAAGAGGAAUUGUCAUUGUUAACAUUUCUUAAUGUCAUACAUCCUAAGUAGAAAUGAUAUAUGAGACAGGAAUCAUAUUCGAAAAUAUGGGAGUGUAUUAUAUUAUUAUCAUAUUUAAAUAGUAUAAGUGGUGGAGAUAUGACAUCAUAAGCAGCAUUUACUAAACUUGGUUAUUUAUUAGCAUAAACUGAUGAUGUUGAAAAAGUUAAAGAAGAAUUCUAAAAAAAUAUAAGAGGAGAAUUAACUGAAGCUGGAGGAACUGCUGAAACUGAACCUUUUCUUAUGGCUCUAUCAUCAGCUAUUAAACAAUAACAUUCUAAAAUAGAUUUAAAUAAAGAUCUUGUUUUUCCAAAUAUCUUAUGCUAGAUAUGUGUUUAAAAAAAGAAACUUUCAUCAAUGAAAUUAUCAAAGAUUGUAAAUAUAUUAUAUUUAUAUAUAAAGGAAAUCAAUUACAAAGCAUAAGAUUAUGAUAUGAGAAGCAUUUUACAUGUAGCUGCAAGAGAAGGUUCAUUAGAGAUUGCUGAAUUAAUUCUAAGAAAAUGUCCAGAAAUUGUCAAUAAUAUAGAUAGAUGGAAACAUAGUCCUAUGUAUGAGGCUGUAAUGACUAAGAAUACUUAAAUGAUUCAAUUAUUAUUAAGAUUCUAAGGCAAAUUAAUUGCUCCCAUCAAAGAAUUAACCUAACUCUUGAUGUUGGAUGUUGCCAAUAAUAAAGUAGAAAUGCUUAAUCUUUUUUAUGAAGCUGGUGAAAGGGAUUUUACAUAAUAUAAAACUGAAGACAACAGAACUGUUGCUCAUUUAGCUGUUUCUGUUGGUAAUGAAGUUGCUUUAUAAUUCCUAUCAAAUCCUGGAGUGAUAUUCGAUUGGUAGGUUUAAGAUAAAUUUGGUAGAAUACCUAAAGACGAGAAGCUAUUAUAAAAAAGAUUAUUGAAAAGAUGAUGAUUUAUCACAUAAACAC